AGGGGAGCUCAGGUAUUCCGAGAGCAUCCUCUUCGGGUUCUUCCGUCGUUCCCGAAGACGGGUCGGGUUUUACCUUGGUAUCUCCUACCGGUACAAUUGCGAUUCCGCGUACAACGAGCCCGCUUUUCCUCCUCGGCGUCGGGGCGGCUGAAAUUCGAGUUUAUAUGCGACGCCUCCAGGACUUUCGACCAUUCCGCUUUCGAAGUCCUGGAGACGCUGGUCGACGACGAAGAGAUCGACUCCCGGAGAUCUUGGCAUCAGGUAAAUCGCCAUCGGCGUUUAUUUCCUGACAUUUGGGUCAGGACGUCGAUUUUUAAGCCCACGGGUAGAGUGAGGUUAUGGUCGGUCCAGGACUUUCGGCCAUUUUGGUUCCAAAGCCCUGAGAGAAUUGAUAACAGAAGAGGUGAUACAUGAAUCGAAAGAUCAAGUUCCUCCGCGACGUCGGCCGAGAAAUUGUAUUAAUGCAACGCCUAAAAAAUCUCAUUUUUAUUUUAUGCGACGACUGAAAAUGUCAUAAUUCGUAGCCCAACUUCUGCUCAAACCAUCCGGAAGACGUUGAUGGAGGAUAAAAAAGGCGCGAGAUAGAAGAGGAAUUUUAUUAAUGCAACACCUAAAAAAUUGGCAUUUUUAUUUUAUGCGACGACUGAAAAUGUCAUAAUUCGUAGCCCAACUUUUGCUCAAACCAUCCGGAAGACGUUGAUGGAGGAUAAAAAAGGCGUGAGAUAGAUUAGUCCACGUGGUUUCCUCGUGUCAUCUGCGUCGCUCUGCUUAAAAUUCAACUAUCUUUAUACCAGACUUUUAAGGUUUUCGGCCAUUUUGGUUCUAAAGCCCUGAGAGAAUUGAUAACAGAAGAGGUGAUACAUGAAUCGAAAGAUCAAGUUCCCCCGCGACGUCGGCCGAGGAAUUUUAUUAAUGCAACGCCUAAAAAAUUGCAUUUUUAUUUUAUGCGACAACUGAAAAUGUCAUAAUUCGUAGCCGAAAUUUUGCUCAAACCAUCCGGAAGACGUUGAUGGAGGAUAAAAAAGGCGCGAGAUAGAAGAGGAAUUUUAUUAAUGCAACACCUAAAACAUAGCAUUUCUAUUUUGUGCGACGACUGAAAAUGUCAUAAUUCGUAGCCGAAAUUUUGCUCAAACCAUCCGGAAGACGUUGAUGGAGGAUAAAAAAGGCGCGAGAUAGAUUAGUCCACGUGGUUUCCUCGUGUCAUCUGCGUCGAGACGCUUAAAAUUCAUCUAUCUUUAUACCAGACUUUUAAGGUUUUCGGCCAUUUUGGUAUCAAAUACAAAAAUUGGCUAAUAAGAGUGCCUCGUUUCGGGGCACCUCAUUCUCGUAUACAUCCGCCCACGCGGUUUCUUCAUGACACCGCCGUCGCGACGGCGGUCGUCGGUCCCGUCAACACCUGGUGCUCUUAUCACGGAACUCAGAUUAGGUAUAAAAGUGAGCUUGCCGCACUCUUCGAUCGUCAGUCAUUCGCGACUUACGUCUGGAUCGAGACGAGCAUCCUUCGAUUUUGCGUCCUUCCCAAGACCCGUAAUUUCCAAUCGAUAGUGUAUCACGAGCGAUAAAUCCAAAAUCAUACCCUAAAAAUUGAAAACCCGACCUAGAAAGAAAGAAAGAAUUAAUUCCUAAAAUCUGGACAAUUUUUACUUCCUCGUCAGAAAGGGAUAAUAAAGGGUCACCGAGAUAAGCCUCGUCAAAGACAAAGUGGUAAUAUAAAACACGCGUCUUGCCCUAAAAAUUAGUAGAUCCACAUAAAAAGAGUUCCGGACCAUUUUUACCUCCUCUCCAAAAAUAAAUAAUAUAGGGAAAGUAGUGAUAUAAAACACGAGUCUUUCUCCAAAAAUGAGUAAAAAAUAAAAAUAGUGGCUUCCGUUUUUUUUUUUACAGUCUCGGUGGAAAGAGAUAAUCGAGGGGAGCGAAAGAAGUGAUAAGGGAGGGAAUUUAUUGUAGAUACGAUUUUUUUUUAUACUUAGGGAAAUUAAACAGAGGAGUAGGCCGAAGAGAGUACCUUUCGGCAAAGUAAAUUCUGGGAUUUUUGGAAUCGCAAAGAAAACGCCGAUCGACGUAAAGGACUCGUGUCGAAAUCGCAAGUGGUACGUGCGUGAACAGUGCGUUAUUCCGCGUGUGUGUGUGGCUGUGUCUGUGCACUACUUUGUUAAGUGCGAGGGACACUUAUGAAGGGGUUCGUCGACUCUCCGAAAACCAGCGCCGACGAAAUCAGACAUAUUUGGGAUAUUGAUUGGAAACAGUAACAGCAACAGCGUUGUUAACUGAGAAUGCAAGAUGACGCGGCGAAUCUAUCAGUGGUCCUCGAGCCCACAAGAGGCUCCUCAAAGUAUACAAAUGGAAGCCCCAAAGUCAAACUCACACCACCAGGGAAAAAUCCUCUCGAGGUACACACUGCGAGACACGGAGAAGGAUAAACAAGAGACUGAGUACAUGAUCGAAGAAAAUGGUGAACCCAUUGAAUUCGUGCCGCCUCAGACUAAGGAGGAGGAAAAACCACCCCCACAGACACCACAAUUACCGCCGGUGCCUUAUUACAAGCUCUUCCGAUUCGCGACUUUCGGGGAGCUGAUGCUGGUCAUGGGAGGCCUGAUAAUGGGUUCCUUAACAGGCCUUUGUAUUCCAAUUUCCACCAUACAGUAUGGUGAAUUCACCACCUUGCUGGUCGACCGAAAUUUGGAAAACGAGACGAGCACUCCGACUCUCAUCAUGGAGUGGUUUGGAGGAGGCAAAGUCUUGGGUCCCAACAGCACCUACGAGGAGCGCAUGGACGCCCUUUACGACGACUCGGUCGCCUUCGGAGUAUCCUGCGCCGCCCUUUCCACCCUGCAGUUCUUCUUCGCCAUCUUCACGGUGGACCUCCUUAAUAUCGCGGCCUUCAGGCAGAUCGCCAGGGUGCGGAGGAUGUUCCUCCAGGCGGUGCUCAGACAGGACAUGGCUUGGUACGACACGAACACCUCGACGAACUUUGCCAGCAGAAUUACGGAGGACCUGGACAAGAUGAAGGACGGCAUCGGCGAGAAGCUGGGCAUCUUCACGUACCUUCUGGUCUCCUUCGUGUCCUCCAUAAUCAUCUCCUUCGUUUACGGAUGGAAACUGACCUUGGUGGUCCUGAGUUGUGCACCCAUCAUCGUAAUCGCCACUGCAAUUGUCGCAAAGGUGCAGAGCUCCUUGACGGCUUUGGAAUUGGCGGCCUAUGGCCAGGCUGGAACAGUUGCCGAAGAGGUUCUAGGUGCCAUAAGGACAGUCGUGGCCUUUGGUGGAGAGAAGAAGGAAGUAGACAGAUAUGCCGAGAAGCUGGUACCAGCUGAGACCACGGGAAUCAAACGAGGGAUGUGGUCUGGUGUUGGUGGAGGCGUCAUGUGGUUCAUCAUCUACCUCAGCUACGCCCUGGCCUUCUGGUACGGCGUCCAGCUGAUCCUGGAUGAUCGGCCCAAGGAGAUUAAGGAGUACACCCCGGCAGUCCUGGUUAUAGUCUUCUUCGGAGUUCUUGCUGGGGCCCAAAAUAUGGGACUUACUUCUCCUCAUAUGGAAGCUUUCGCCGUUGCUAGAGGUUCUGCAGCCGCCAUUUUCCAAGUACUUGACCGAGUACCUACAAUUGAUAGUCUCAGCAAGGAGGGCAUGAAGUUAGAGAAGGUCAACGGGGAGAUUGAGUUUAAGGACGUUCACUUCAAGUACCCUGCCAGGAAGGACGUCAAGGUCCUGCAGGGGCUUAACCUUAAGAUCAAACAUGGCGAAACCGUGGCCUUGGUCGGAGGAUCAGGAUGUGGAAAGUCCACCUGUCUUCAGCUCAUCCAGCGACUCUACGACCCUCUUCAGGGACAGGUUCUGCUCGACGGCGUCGACAUCGCCAAGCUGAACGUGUCCUGGUUUCGCUCGUACAUCGGUUUGGUCGGCCAGGAACCAGUCCUCUUUGACACGACAAUCCGCGAGAAUAUCCGCUACGGAAAUGAGAACGUUACCGAGGAAGAGAUGAUCAAAGCAGCGAAGGAAGCAAACGCCCACGACUUCAUCAGCAAGCUGCCGGAAGGAUACGACAGUCCAGUCGGGGAGAGAGGAUCCCAGCUCUCGGGAGGACAGAAACAAAGGAUCGCGAUCGCUCGAGCUUUGGUGCGCAGACCAGCGAUCUUGUUGCUCGACGAGGCGACAUCAGCUCUCGAUUUGCACAGCGAAGCCACGGUCCAGAGGGCGCUGGAUGUCGCGGCUAAAGGCAGGACGACUGUCGUCGUUACCCACAGGCUCUCGACUAUCACUAAUGCGGACAGAAUAGUCUUCAUCAAGGACGGACAAGUCGCGGAGAUGGGCACGCACGAGGAGCUCCUGGCGUUGGGGAAGCAUUACCACGGAUUGGUCGCUGCGGACUCGAAUGCGGCUGCAAAAGCCAAGGCGACCGCAUCAGCAGCGAAAACUGUUACGGCCACCAAGCCGAAAGUCAAGCCACCCUUGAAGAAGCAAUUCUCCACCUUGUCCAUGCACUCCCAUCGGCUUUCUCUGGCUGGAGGUUCGGAGGCCUCCGAAGAAGCUCUCGAGGAACAUGAAAAGCCCUACGACGCGCCCAUGAUGAGGAUAUUCGGCCUGAACAAGCCGGAAUGGAUCUUCAACCUCAUCGGGUGUCUUGCAGCAGCCGUGGUGGGUGCAUCCUUCCCGGCCUUCGCGGUGCUCUUCGGGGAGGUUUACUACGUGCUGGGUAUCCAGGACGCGGACGAGGUGCGAGCCGAGACGGUGAAUUUCUCGGUGCUCUUCAUCAUCGUGGGAGUGGUGACGGGGCUGGGCACUUUCCUGCAGAUGUACAUGUUCGGGCUGGCAGGUGUGCGGAUGACCACGAGGCUCAGGAGCACGACGUUCGCGGCGAUGCUGAAGCAAGAGAUGGGCUGGUACGACGACGACCAGAACAGCGUGGGAGCUCUCUGUGCGAGACUGUCUUCGGAUGCUGCAGCGGUCCAGGGAGCAACCGGCAGCAGGAUAGGCGCCAUUCUUCAAGCUCUCUCUACCUUGGUGCUGGGGAUCGGUCUGUCCAUGUACUACACCUGGAAGAUGACGCUGGUCUCCGUCGUGUCCAUCCCCUUGGUGCUGGGUGCCGUCUUCUUCGAGGCAAGGAUCAUGAGUGGGCAGGGUCUUCAGGAGAAGAAGAAGAUGGAGGGCGCGACCAGGAUCGCCAUCGAGGCCAUCGGCAACAUCAGGACCGUGGCUAGCCUGGGGAAAGAGGAAGCCUUCCUGAAUAGGUAUUGCGUGGAGCUGGGGUACGUCGCCAGGGCCACCAGGAUCAGGAACAGGCUCAGGGGACUCGUCUUCUCCUGCGGACAGACCACUCCGUACUUCGGGUACGCACUUAGUCUCUACUACGGCGGGUACCUGGUCGCCAGGGAGGGCCUCAGCUACCAGAACGUCAUCAAGGUGUCCGAAGCUCUCAUCUUCGGGUCCUGGAUGCUGGGACAGGCGCUCGCGUUCGCCCCCAACUUCAACACUGCCAAGAUCUCGGCUGGGAGGAUCUUCAGGUUACUCGACAGGGUCCCAGAGAUCAUGACUCCUCCCGAGCUGGAGGGCAAGGAUUUGGACUGGAAGGCGGACGGGCUGAUCCAGUUCUCGAAGACGGAGUUCCAUUAUCCGACUCGCCCCGAGAUGCAGAUUCUGCGAGGCUUAAAUUUGAUAGUCAAGCCAGGUCAGAUGGUGGCCUUGGUAGGUCAAAGUGGAUGUGGUAAAUCGACCUGUAUCCAGCUUCUGCAGAGGCUGUACGACCCAUUGUCUGGGACCAUCACCAUGGACCGGCGGGACAUCUCUUCGGUGUCUUUGUCUGCCUUGAGGGCGCAAUUGGGGGUCGUAGGUCAAGAACCGGUGCUCUUCGACCGCACCAUCGCCGAGAACAUUGCAUACGGAGAUAAUUCACGCACGGUUCGCAUGGAUGAGAUCAUAGAAGCGGCCAAGAAGUCCAACAUCCACAGCUUCGUCAGCUCUCUGCCCCUGGGGUACGACACCAGACUCGGUACCAAGGGAACUCAGCUCUCUGGGGGCCAAAAGCAACGCAUCGCCAUCGCGAGGGCCCUCGUCAGGAACCCAAGAAUCCUCUUACUGGACGAGGCCACUUCAGCUUUGGACACGCAAAGCGAAAAGGUGGUGCAAGCUGCCCUGGACAAAGCGAUGGAGGGUCGCACCUGCAUCACCAUAGCCCAUCGACUCGCCACGAUCCAGAACGCGGACGUAAUUUGCGUCCUGGAGAAGGGAACCGUGGCCGAGAUGGGAACCCAUGAAGACCUCAUCGCCGCGGACGGACUCUACGCUCACCUGGUCGCUCUUCAGCAAGCCGCCAUGGAGUAGACCUCAUGGGGAGUCCUCGCAACCCCCUUGCCACCCCGCGUGAAACCGGAAGGCAUCUUGCAGGAGAAGAGGCGACGAAUCUGCACCGGAAGUCGGGCCAGGACACCAGAAGUUCCGGCUUCCGGCACGAAGAGCGAUCGCUCGAUCCUCGUCCAACCAGCCUGCGCGUAUCCAUGCUAGGUUACGUUAUAAGCUACUUUAAUAUCGUACGUUAAAUGUUUUAUAUAGACUAGUGCGGGACAUGUGGACACCCGUGUGCACAGUGCGUACUUAGAUUUACCCUGUAAACGCAUGCGUUAGAUUCUCUUCAGGAACUAGUGAGGACGGUAGCUCCGAGUCCUCCAGCGGAUCCGGUGGAACCGGCAGAGUCGAUGCUCCUUCGUUUUCCAAAAUUCCACUUUUGUUCAAAAAAUUCGGAAGCAUUUCUUAAGGAUACCUUCAGGGAAUCAUCGAUCAGAAUAUUUCGUCCUUAUCAAGGAAUUAUCCUGGAUUAAUAAUAUGUCAUCGCGAUCUGGGUGGAACCAGCAAAGUCGAUGCUCCUUAGUUUUCCAAAAUGUAAUUCCGUUAAAACCCAUUUUGCGUACAUAAAAUUCGUAAUAAUUCUCAUUAAGGACCCUCAGGCUUCGGGGAAUCAUCGAUCAGAAUAUUUCGUCCUUAUCAAGGAAUUAUCCUUGAUUAAUAAUAUGUCAUCGCGAUCUGG